GCGGAGGACGCGUCCACGCGCGGGCUGGUGCUCGAGACGGUGGAGAAGGAGUUCCCGAUGCUGCGCUGCGUCGAGGAGCGCACCUCGCUCGAGAUCCGGCCAAAGCCGCAGUGGAACCGCGCAAAGGCCGUCAAGUGGCUCACCGACACCGUGGUCGACCGCGUGGCGGGCACGCUCGGCGUCAAGGCUGUCGUGCCCGUCUACGUGGGCGACGACACCGCCUUCGGCGCGUCCAUCUGCGAGCUCGAGGGCGGCGUGUACGUCCACAUCACGGGCGGGCCGUCGUCGCACGACGGCUCCUACUUUCUGCGCGAGGCGUCGCAGGCGGACGAGCUGCUCCGCUUCUUCGUCGAGCAGGCGCACGCGGGCGUGACCGUGCGCGGCGGGAAGCUGCGGCAGGCCGAGCGGCACGCGGACGAGUCGGCCCGGCGCCGCGGCCUGCCCGCGUGGAUCGGGUCGGCGCCCGCGCCCGCCGCGCCCGCGAUGGGCGGCAGCCGACCCCCGCAGUGGCACCGCGCGGCGAGCAGCGAUCGGGUACCGCGGUGA